AUGACAUCCAAAAAAGUGUAUGACGUGGUCGUCGUUGGCGCUGGCCUGAGUGGCCUGCAGGCAGCCCAUGCAGUUCGAGCUGGUGGGUUCAGCGUCUGUGUUCUGGAGGCCACCAAUCGCGUUGGUGGGAAGACACUCACCAUGAAGUCCUCCGAAAAAGGAUACAAUGACCUAGGAGCAGCCUGGAUUAAUGACACGAACCAAAGUGAGAUGUUCAAGCUCGUUAAAAAAUAUGGCAUGGAUACCGAGGUCCAACGCGCGUGUGGCAAUUCUCUUAUUCAAACUGCGGACGGUGGCUUGGAGAAGGUGCCCUAUGGACAGCUCCCGGGCAACCCUGAGCUGCUCCUACAGCUCGCGGAGAUUUUUAGAAAUGAAUCCGCGGUGGUGGAUUUGAACGAUCCUGUCAAAUCACCCGGUGCGACAGAAAUCGAUCAACUGACGUUCGGGGAGUUCUGUGUUCGAAAGACUCAAUCCGAGCAAGCCAUUAGAUUUGCUGAUUUGAUUUCCACCGCACUGCUCGGGGUGGAAAGUGCUGAAGUGAGCGCUCUUUACAUGCUGCAUUACUUUAAGAGCGGCUGUGGUAUCGACAAUCUCUUGUCGGAUGGAAAAGAUGGGGGUCAAUAUCUGAGGAAUCGACAGGGUAACCAAACAAUUGCGCAAAGGAUGGCGGACGAGCUGGGUCCCCACUGCGUUUUCUUAUCGAAGCCCGUUGCUUCGAUUGAUCAAUCUCCAGGCCACCAUAGUGUUGCUGUCUUGACCCAAGCUGGGGAGUCCUUCUUCGGUCGGCAUGCGAUUGUCUCCAUUCCGACUACCUUAUAUCCGACUAUUACGUUCAACCCUCCUUUGUCUAACAAGAAAGCAGCCCUGAGUGAAAAUACCGUUUUGGGCUACUACAGCAAGACGGUCUUCGUUUUCAAGGAGCCUUGGUGGCAGACUGCCGGCUUUUCCGGCAUUUUUGAUUCAGAAAUUGGUCCCAUCAGCUUCACAAGGGAUACCAGCAUACCCGCAGAUGAUCAAUGGUCUAUCACUUGCUUUAUUGUUGGCGAAAAGGGGAGAAAGUGGUCAAAGUUAUCCAAGGCAGGUCGUCACCAGCAAGCCUGGGACCAGUUCAGCCAAAUCUUUGGCAAGUAUGUGGAUGGCAUCAUUCCUGCGCCGAUAAACUCACUAGAAAUGGAGUGGACCAAGCAGGCAUUCUUCCUUGGCGCACCUUGUCCAGUCAUGACACCAGGUAUCUUGACAGCGGUGGGCACCGAGCUUGCAGCCCCUUUUGGGGACGUUCAUUUUGUGGGCACUGAGACUUCCAAUGUAUGGCGAGGAUAUAUGGAGGGCGCUGUGCGCUCGGGUCAGCGAGGAGGCGCUCAAGUCGUGAAAGCACUGAGAAGAGAGCUUUGA